AUGGAGGUUGGAGGUUCUCUUCCUGUUCCCAAUGUUCAACAGCUUGCUUCGAGAUACGAGGGUGUGCCCGUUAGGUACAUACGUCCUGAACUCGAGCUCGAACGAGUUUCUAAUGACGAGUAUGAUCGAAUUCCACUUAUCGAUAUGAGCAAGCUGAAUGAUGUUCGUGAUGAUGAGGCCGCUAAAUUGCAUUCGGCUUGUAAGGAUUGGGGAUUCUUCCAGGUGAUCAAUCAUGGGGUUGCCGAAGAGGUGAUCCUGAAAAUGAAGGCGGAUAUUCAAGAGUUUUUCAGCCGACCAUUGGAAGAGAAAAUGGAAUAUGCACAACUGCCAAAUGGGAUUGAAGGAUACGGCCAAGCGUUCGUUGUAUCGGAAGAGCAGAAACUUGAUUGGGGUGAUAUGUUAUACAUCAAUGCACAACCUGUUAAUCGAAGAAACAUGAGGCUGUGGCCAUCUUCGUUAAGGGCAUCUCUCGACCAGUAUUCAAUAGAACUGGAAAAGGUGGCUCAAAGCUUGAUGAUUUCCAUGGCUAAGAACCUUGGAGUGGAGCACGAAAAGCUGCUCGAUUUGUUCAAAGAAGGUGUGCAAACGGUGAGAAUGAACUACUAUCCGCCAUGUGAGCAAGCUAGCAAGGUUAUCGGUAUUGCCCCACAUUCCGACGGCAGUGGAUUGACUCUGUUGAAUCAAGUGAAUGAAGUACAAGGUUUGCAAAUCAAGAAGGAUGGAAAAUGGGUUCCCGUUGAUCCCAUUCCAGGUGCAUUCAUUGUUAAUGUCGGCGAUAUUAUUGAGAUUAUGAGCAAUGGAGUAUACAAGAGCAUAGAGCACAGAGCUUUAGUGAACCAUAAAAAAGAGAGACUGUCAAUCGCAGCGUUUCACGAUCCAAACGUCGACGCUAUGAUUGGGCCAAUGCCAAACCUUCUCAACCUAGAUCAAGAGAAACAAGUACCAAAUUAUAAAUCCAUAUCGCACCAAGAUUUUAAGAAGCUCGGGAGGAAAAUGAAACUCGACGGCAAAAACAAAGGCUUGAUUCAAUAUCUGAAAAUACAAACCGAAGAAGAGCAAUGAAUUUAAGCCCCUCCAUUGUCAAAAAGUAGCCGAAAAGUUCAUAACCUUUAAAUCAUGCCAGUGGAAUGUUUUUCCAAAUGCUAAAGGAAUGUUGUUGGUGAGAAGAAGUGAUAUUGCAGCAGCUGAAGAAGUCCUUAUCCUAUUUGGAAAAGGAUCGAAAGUAUGGCGCCAAGUUCAAAAGUAUCAGUGUCAAUAAAAGGAACAGUGUCGUUUUCGUUCACUGUUAGUCGAGUCUCUCAUUUGAUUUAUUGUUAGUUGAGUCCUUAAAGUUUUAUUUUGUUUCAGUUAAGUCCCGUCAGUAGUCAGAAGUGGUUGAGACUUGAGAGAUUGCAACUGAGUCUUAGAUCAUGGUUGCUCAUUUUCAAGACUGUGGUUUAGUGCUUAGAGUGGUGUAAUCCUUGUUUUUGACUUAAUCAAAUGUUCUUAUCUUUGUAUUGUUCAUUUCUAAUAAAACUUGUCAG